GGAGAAACCGCGUCGACCGGCCACCGCAAACAGCAAACGCAAUGAAGCCCCCCGGGCGCCUCGCCACCGCCGCGCUGCUCGUCGCGGCGUCGCUGCUGGUCAUCACCCUCCUCACCUCGCCGCUGCCGCUGCUGCCGCUGCUCCCGUGCCUGCCGGCCGUCACGGCGCCCUCGGGCGACGGGUACGCGCCCCCGGGCCUCACCGCGCUCGCCGACGCCGCGCUCUACUACGCCACCACGCCCGACGUCCCGCAGCAGUCGCGCGACGAGAUCUCGCUCUCCCUCGCCGUGCUGCGCCGCCGCGCGCCGCUGCGGCUGCUGGUGUUCGGGCUCGGCCACGACUCGCCGCUCUGGCACGCGCUCAACCCCGGCGGCGUCACCGUCUUCCUCGAGGAGGACCCGGAGUGGUACCGCAUCGUGCGCGCGCAGUCGCCGUUCCUGCGCGCGCACCUCGUCAGGUACCGCACGCGCCUCGACCACGCCGACGUCCUCUUCCGCUCCUACCGGAACUUCCCCACCUGCGUCCCCGGCGCCGACGCCGAAGGCGACGUCCCCUUGCGGGUCCGCGGCAACGCCGACUGCCCGCUGGCGCUGCACAACCUGCCGCCCGAGGUGUACCAGAACGACUGGGACAUGCUCAUGGUGGAUGCGCCCAAGGGGUACUUCCCGUCGGCGCCCGGCAGGAUGGCGGCUAUAUGGACGGCGGCGGCGAUGGCGCGGGCCAGGCGCGGCGAGGGGGACACCGACGUGUUCCUCCACGACGUGGACCGCAGGGUGGAGAGGAUGUACGCCGAGGAGUUCCUCUGCGAGAGGUUCCGGGUGGGGGAGACCGGCCGGCUCUGGCACUUCAGGAUCCCGCCGGUGUCACGGCGGAACGGCACGGCCGGCGGCGGCGACAACAGGCCCUUCUGCUGACGAUGCGGACUUCCGAGGGGUGUUGUUAGAAGAUGGCCUCAUCGGUGCAAGUGUUUCCGAGGGGUGUUUUUAGAAGAUGGCCUCAUCGGUGCAAGUGUCAAGCCCUGUUGCUGUUCUGCUACCAUGUUCUCUUUAUUGAUUGUACUGUACAUGUCGGGCACAGCACACAGUGUAUGUUCAUGUGCUCAGUGCUCAGUUGACAGGUGUAGUGCUUGCUGCAAAAAUAUACUGUACUCCCUCCAUUUCACAAUGUAGUGCUUUCUCUAUCCA